AUGUCAGUUGCUAUUCCUGGUCAAUACAUAUCUUCCAUAUACAAGUAUACGGAAGAUGAAAACAGCGGCUCUCAAGUGGAAAAAUACGUCUCCGGCAGGGGGACAACGGUUGCAAACAUAAAAGUCCCAGAGAACAACAAGUUCAGUUCCAUUCCCGUCAUAGUAGCGACCAUAUUGGGAAAAAUUGUGAUUCGAGAGCUUAAAUCUUCAACCAAUUCCACCACUGGUGGUGGUGUGGACAACAUAAAGACAUUUAUAGUGUCUGUGGUACCUAAAUCCAACUCAUACUUGGAAUCUGCUGAAGACAUCGAAGGCACGAACAUCUCCAUCAACUUGCCACAAGAAAAUGAUAUUGUACUUGUCAGAAUCACCAAGAUCAACCCAAGACAGGCAUUUGCAGAAAUCUUGUCCGUAGAAUCUCACGGAAACGUAAUAAAGGACUCCGGAAUAGGAUCCAACGGCGAAUUGGCACACCAGCUGAUUGCCGCUGGUGGGGGGUCGCAGAACCUCAGCUCACACACAACCAUAGCAUCUUCACAGUCAACUGCUAUAAAUGCACAGGCAAUCGACUUGGGCGAGACUUUCAAGGGGAUUAUAAGGUCGCAGGAUGUCAGACUGACCGAAAGAGACAAAGUAAAGAUCAUAGAAUGCUUCAAGCCAGGUGAUAUCGUGAGAGCAGUGGUGAUUUCAUUGGGAGAUGGCUCAAACUACUACCUUAGCACUGCCAAGGAUGACUUGGGAGUGGUCUUUGCCAAGAGUGAAGGUGGAUCUGGUGGCUUGAUGUACGCUUUAGACUGGCAACAUAUGAUUUGCGAGAGCAGUGGAAUUAUAGAAAAGAGGAAGUGUGCAAAGCCCUUCGUCUAA